AUGUUAAGAUCAGCUUUCGUGAGGACUAAUAAUAGAUUGCCCAAGAUUGCCAGCUCUGCUGCUACUUCUGGUAGUGCUGCUUUUUCAAGAAACACAUUAAGUCCAAGUUUACGCACUUCUUCAAUUAGACAAUAUGCUGCAUCUGCUGUAGGUGUUGCUAAGACGCUAAGAUCAGAUGAUGGCCUUUCUAUUGAGACGCACACAGAUGUACAGGCUGCUAAUAAAGAACAAUCAAAUAUUCGUACAGCUAGUAAAUCUAUAAUGAGUACAGAGGAUGGCAUUAGUUCGGGUACUACUGCUUUAAACCAUGCUUAUAGAGAGAAUACUGGCUACGGUACUAGACCUAUAUAUUUAGAUAUGCAAGCUACGACGCCAACUGAUCCUCGUGUCCUGGAUACAAUGUUGAAAUAUUACACAGGGUUAUAUGGUAAUCCGCACUCAAACACACAUUCUUAUGGUUGGGAGACCAACAAAGCUGUUGAAGCAGCAAGAGAAUAUGUUGCAGAUGUUAUUCAUGCUAAUUCAAAGGAAAUUAUCUUUACAUCAGGUGCUACAGAAUCAAACAAUAUGGUUGUUAAAGGUGUAGCUAGAUUUUAUAGUAAGACUAAGAAACAUAUUAUUACUACAAAGACUGAACAUAAGUGUGUCAUAGAGGCCGCAAGAGCGAUGAUGAAUGAAGGGUUUGACGUUACAUUUUUAAAUGUAGAUGCAAAUGGGUUGGUUGAUUUGAAAGAAUUGGAAGAUGCCAUUAGACCUGAUACAUGUCUAAUCUCAGUAAUGGCUGUUAACAAUGAAAUUGGUGUUAUUCAACCACUGAAGGAAAUAGGUGCUAUUUGUAAGAAACAUAAGGUUUACUUCCAUACUGAUGCAGCUCAAGCGUAUGGUAAGAUUCCAAUCGAUGUGAAUGAAAUGAAUAUCGAUCUUCUAUCUAUUUCUAGUCACAAGAUCUAUGGUCCAAAAGGUAUUGGUGCCUUGUAUGUUAGAAGAAGACCAAGAGUGAGAUUAGAACCACUAUUUUCAGGUGGUGGUCAGGAGAGAGGUUUAAGAUCUGGUACAUUAGCGCCACCAAAUGUAGCAGGUUUUGGUGAAGCGGCAAGGAUUAUGAAACAAGAAUACGAAAACGACAAAAAACAUAUUGAAAGAUUAUCCAAGAAAUUAGUAGAUGGUCUAUUGGCUAAUGAUCAUACCAACUUAAAUGGUUCUGCAUUACAUCGUUAUCCUGGUUGUAUCAAUGUCUCGUUUGCGUACGUUGAGGGUGAGUCAUUGUUAAUGGCUCUAAGAGAUAUUGCAUUGUCUUCCGGUUCUGCCUGUACUUCAGCCUCUUUAGAACCUUCUUACGUUUUGCACGCUUUAGGUAAGGAUGACGCCAUGGCUCAUUCUUCUAUUAGAUUUGGUAUUGGUAGAUUUAGUACCGAAGAGGAAGUAGACUACGUCAUUAAGGCUAUAUCUGAGAGAGUUAAGUUCUUAAGAGAACUAUCUCCACUAUGGGAAAUGGUCCAAGAAGGUAUUGACCUAGACUCUAUAGAAUGGUCAGGCCAUUAA